AUGUGUUUACUCAGUUUAGUUUAUAUGGAAAAUUGCUUGGAAGUUAUUAAAAUGUGCAGAUGUCCAAGCCACCAGAACAGUUGCUUCCUUGUGGCAGGUUUGGCGAUUAUGACAGCACUUAUAGAUCUGGGAUACAAAUACUACCAGUUAGCCACAUUGAAACUGAAUGUUUGGAUAGUGGCAUCAGCUGUCAACUGGAUAUUGGUGAUAAUUGCCGCUGUUAUACUGAUUGUAGGCGCAAAAAAGAAAAACAUCAGUCUUUUGCUGAUUUGGGUAAUAAGUUCAAUUGUGCUCGGAGUUUCUCAGGUUCUUAUAAAGAUUGUAAUAUUUUUGUGCUUUUUUUAUGACAACGUCCCUCCGAUGAGCCGUAUUGUGAGAAGUAGUUUCCUUAUCUUCGAUAUAUGUCAGUCAACCCAAAAUAUUAUUUAUCGCUGCAAUCUAAUGAAGCUUUUGCUUUUCAGUAUUGUUCUCUCUUUUCGCCUACUACCCCUAUGCAUAUAUCCAUGAGCUGAAGGAGCAAGACGAACAAAAUCAAUAAGGCCAUCCAUUUGCUUGUACUAAAAGAAAAACCUUAUAUUUUUUGUAAGAUCAUUGAAGUUGAACUCGGAUUAACAUGUAUAAACUUUACUUGAAGUACUAUAGUGUACGCUCAAAGGUUUUUAUCGGGUCGAAUGUGUAAUUGCUGUUUACAUUAUUCUGGUGUGGACUCUGGAAAGUUUAAUGUGCGUCUUAGUGGCUUGAUAACCAAAUAAUUCUGGAGAAGCUGUUCCGUGCAGCCGAUCUGUGGCAGAUCCAUUGUCUUGAAAGGCUCCAUUCGCGGAACGUUGAUAAAUUUUGAUAAGUUUUCUACUUGUUUUGCUCCGGAUAUUUGGUCACCGAGUGCAGCGUAAAUGCCUUGAGAGUCUUGAGGCCUUUAAAUCAAGUUCCGCUGUGUGAGACGAUUUAGAACGUGGAAACUGUAAACUACCAGACACGGCUUUUGAAAUAGUUUAGAAAAAUAAGUUGUUGCGGCUAAUUUUGAAGCACUAGCUUUUUUUAAAGGAAUUGAAUGUUAAAUUUUACUUAACAAGAAACUGUUUAGACAGAAAUAUCCAAACGAACUUCGAAUAAUUUUAGAUU